AUGGAGUCCUUUUUCUACACUCUUCAUGUAAGUCAUGUCCAUGAUUCAAUUCUUGCCAUGUAUCAACAUAUUCCUUAUUUGAGUAAUAAUUUCUACAUUGAUUUUGAUUACACCAACACAAUUAUAGAACCUAAUGCUAGAAACACCGUAUCUCUAUCUACAAUUACAAUGAAAAACAUAUUUGUUGUUCCUCGUGAAAUCUUAUGUAAUUGUAUGGAGAGGGAUCAUAUCGUUGCUUUAUACCGUAUCUUUUCUUCCGUGCCUACUUACUUAAUAGAUUCAAUUCUACCCAAAGUGGAACAAUGUGCUAGACAAGUUGUUGCAAACAACGAUGCAUUAAAGAUGAAUUUGUCGCUUCGCGUUACCACAAAACAAAGGGCAGAGCAAAUUGAAGACUUGUUGGAAAUAUUAGAAAUUGAUCAUCCUUCUUAUCACUCUACAGAAAAAUGUUCAAUUUGUUUGGAGGAAUAUU